AUGUCUCGUACUCCCUCGACGACCACCCCGAAUUGGCACCAAUUCGAGCGGAAGGUCGACGAGGUGAAGCCGUCCAAAACUGACAUCAAUUACCUCGUCAUGGAUUAUUUGAUCACCAAUGGAUAUCCUGCCGCUGCAAAGAAGUUUGCCGUUGAAGCCAAUAUCCAACGAAAGCCAGACCUGGAUUUUAUCCAGGAACGCGUGGAAAUCCGGACCGCCAUCCACUCUGGGAAUAUUCAACUGGCCAUUGAAAAGAUCAAUGAGCUCAACCCUCAGAUCCUCGACAGAGAACCCCCUUUACACUUCGCCCUUCUGCGCCUCCAGCUGGUCGAAUUGAUUCGAACUUGCACCUCUGCCCCCAAUGGCGAUAUCAGUCCCGCGUUGGAUUUCGCAACGUCGCAGUUGGCGCCUCGUGCAACAACCCGGCCCGAUUUCCUGGAUGAUCUGGAGCGGACUCUUGCCCUCUUGAUUUUUCCCAGCGACAAUUUGUCACCAUCUCUUGCCUCGCUUUUAGACCCCGGCCUCCGUAAAGAUAUUGCCACUCGCGUCAACGAGGCUAUUCUCCAUGACCAAGGUGUUGAAAAAGAGGCUCGUCUCCGCAAACUGGUGAAACUCCGUGCGUUUGCGGAAACGAAGGCCCGCGCUGCCAAAAAGGAUAUUCCCGACAAGCUAGAUAUUGGCCUUGUCAGCGAUACUCAUGAUAACAGCAGCCGCACCAGUAACAGUAACGACCUCAACAGUGGUACCCAGGAUGGUUCCGAUACUAUCAUGGCAAACAAUGGGGAUGCCUCGAUGGUUGCAUGA